UACUUUUGCGCGUGUCGAAUAUAAGUCUCGUCCCGGCGAUUGCCAGUAUGCGCGUGUUUCCCUAGUAGUGAAUCAUUUCCAGAUGUAUCGACCUUAUAGAAUUGUUGUUUCAUACAAAUACGCGGUGCAGCGAGCUUUCUCGCGUCACAUUCAAACAAACCGCGGUAACAUUAUCAACUUUUCAACUUCUUAUCAAAAAAAGAAUAUUUAAAAGAAGUAAACAGUACAGUUCAGAUGAGAGUUCGAUACAACAGCUUGCAUUGACAUAACUUCCAAAAAAAAUUUUUUCUGGAUGCACAUGAAAGUAGAUGUUGACUACUGCAAAAAUGCGUCUUAUUUUUAUAAAAAUCCGCGAGGUAUCGAAAAAAUAUCCGAUUGUAAGAGGAAUGGUUUCUUAUGCUGUCAUAUGGCCGACUGGAAGUUUAAUACAACAAAAAUUAACAGGACACGACGAAUUAAAUUAUAUGCAAGCAUUAAGAUUUAGUUUAUACGGUGGAUUUUUUGUAGCACCAACACUAUAUUGUUGGAUGCGGUGCUCUUCAUACUUUUGGCCAAAGUCAGACCUGAAGUCUGCAAUUACCAAAGCUUUAAUAGAACAAGUCACAUAUAGUCCUACUGCAAUGUGUUGCUUCUUUUUUGGUAUGAACUUACUUGAAAUGAAACCAGUGGCUGAAUGUAUUGAAGAAGUCAAACAUAAAUUUUGGCCUACUUACAAAGUAAAAUAUGUCGGUGUUUGUGUGUGGCCCAUUUUACAAACAAUCAACUUUUUUUUUGUCCCAGAACAUAAUCGUGUAAUUUAUGUAAGUUUUUGUAGUUUAAUCUGGACAUCUUUCCUUGCAUAUAUGAAAGCUUUGGAAGCAAAGAAAUUACAGGAUUUAAAAAGUGACAAUAAUUUAAAACACAAAAGUAAAAAAAGUAUCAAUGUUGAUCAAAAAGAAGAUAAAAGUGAAAGGUUAUCCAUUAUACGAUAAAGAUUUAUAUGACAAUUAUUUAGCACAAUUGAUUAACUUAUAUACAUGUAUAUGUAUACAAUAUGUACAUGUAAAUAUAUCUGUAUAACAAAUUAUACUGCACAACAAGGUCAAUUACAACACCUGUUGUCUACAGUACAAAAUGAACUAAAAGAUUUAAUUAUGCAUAUAUAUAUAUAUGUAGAUAAUAUGUUUGUAUUAUAAUGGGUAUAGUUAAAAAUUGAUAACAGUUCAAAAUCAUGAAGGUAUGAAAGACAUAAUUUUAUUGUUAAAUUUUCGAGUGAUAUUUAUUGUGACAUUGUUGAUAAUAACUUAUUUAUUGUUAAUAAAUAAUAAAAAAAUAAAUGAUUGUUAAACAACCA